UAGCGUUUGUUGUUUUCCUGUUAGGCGGCCAGUUUAAGUUGCCAUAGCAGAGGAUGGCGGUGCCUUACAUUGAUCACACAAGAUAACCUUCAAACUGUUGGCCACACGGCAUGGACUCCUCCAGUGAAUCUGACACCUAUGACAGGCCCACGGGGAAUCGAUCGCGGGUCAGAAAGCGCCGAACGAGGCCUGAUAGCGGGUUUCCCAGGGACACUCAUGUAUCAGACAUAUCUGACAAAAUUGACACUUUAGCAAACACUCUACAAGACACAAGCCGAAAUCUAAACAAAGUAGAUCGGAUGUUGGGACAGUAUAAGGAACACACAGAUGGCCAAGCUGAAGCCAUGGCGACACUCAGGGAGAGCUUAGAGGAGUCCAUCCAGCAUCUGCAGGCGCAGCAGCUCAGGAGGUCCACUGGUGGGUGGAGUGCCUCCCUCUCCACACUGCACACCACUGACCUGGAAGACGGCAGCACCACAGAUAGGAGGCGAUACCUUCCCACGUCCCCUCUAAGAGAUUAUGGCAGUGCAGGCACAGGUAACAGAAGACGGUCUAGAUCUGUUGGUGUGCGUUUCACAGACUCCGCUCAAGCUGAAGAGCAGAUUCACUCAUUGCAUCAGUCCCUCAGAGACCUGCAGAGUGAUCAGUUUCGGAUUGGUGAUGACAUUGAUAGAGAGAUCAGGAGAAGAAACAGGUACUUUAAUACUGAUAUAGAAACCAAGAAGACACUGGAGAAUCUUGCAGGCCACAUAAAGCCAUCACAGAAAGAAGAGCCCGUUUCGUUAAGGGUGGAGAGACGUCUACAGGAGAUCGAGGAUGAGAUGCGCAUGGGGCGGCAGGUACUUUCUGAAAGACAUCACAGAGAGAAGCCAAAAAGCAUGUCUGGUGAACUGCAGGAGGCUUUGAGAAGACAUGACGCCCCAACCCCGGAGCCUGAUGAUAACUUCAGAAAUAGACCGCAGAGAUCAGAGAAUGAGAGAAGCAAGAUGCAGCAGGAGUUGUUGAGACUCAGAGAGCAGCUGGAUCAAUCAGAAGGUGGACGAGACACCCUUCUUCAGAAGAUGGAUGACAUGCGUUCUCAGCUUCUGAGGUCGGAGAAGGAGCGUUUAGAUUUGCAAAGGGAGUUGUCUUUAAUCCUGUCUCACCAGAGAAGUGCAAGGAGACAGCAGGAGAGAGGAGUCACAGGCCUUGACAGCGGACGAAUCGAACUGGAGAGAGAGAUUGAAGACCUGCGGGUGCAUUUGGGUAGAAUCAGUGUUUCUAGUGAGGUGGAAGAACUGAAAAAAAGCAUAGAACGAAAAGAGAGAGAGAAAACUCAGCUCGCUUUCCGGGUCGAGGCUCUUUCAGCAGAUCUGGAGCGACGUGAACAACAGCAGUUGAAGAUGUUGGCCCAACUGAAGGAGAUCCAGUCUCGUUCAGAGGAAAAUGUGUCAGAAUGUGGCCGUCUGGAUGCUCAGCUGAUCGAGAGUGAGAGAAGGAGAGAGGAGCUGCGCUCUAAAGCUCAGGAAGCAGUCCGACAGUGGAAGACUAAGUGCAAGAAACUGGAGCGAGAAUUUCAGGAACUAAAGGAUAACAGCAGAAACAACACUGAUAAAGAUAUACGGAGCAAAGAGAGAGAAGGCAUUCUUAGCCAGCAGCUAGACGGUGCACGCCAACAGCUGGCUGAUGCUCUUGGACAUCUUGCCCAGCGUGAAGAGGAUGUACGCCGCUGUAAUGUGGAUCUUACUGAAACUCGUUCACAGCUUGUCACUUUAGAACUAGAGCUCCAAGAGGCUCGGGAAACCUUGAGAGGCCUGGAAGAGGAGGCACAGAAGCAGAUCUCCUUACAGGUCCGUAUGAGAGAGGAGAACAUCAGGCUGCAGAAGCAUGUGGAACUUCAGGAGCAUAGUAAAGAGGAGGAGCAGAGAUCUCUGUUGGAUCUCCAGGCCUCAGUCAAGAACUUGAGUGCUGCGAGAGCUGACUUAGCUGCCAGACUGGCUGAGAUGGAAAGCUCCAAGAAGGAUCUAGAAAAACAGCUCGCUAUGGCUCAGGAAGAGAGCUCCUCUUUUGGUCGACAGCUGGAACUGGAGAGGCAGGUGCAUCAGAAGGAGCUAAGCCACCUCCGAAUGACCCAGCAAGAAGGAAAAGCCCAACAGGACAGGGAUGUACACGACAUGCUGAGAUUAUAUCAAAGAGAGCGAGAAGAACUGGAAGCUCUCAUCAGAGACCUUAAGUCUGAGGCAGUGGCCGAUAGUGAACUGAGGACAGCUCUGCAGCUGAAGCUGGACAAAAUGAAGACAGAAUGUGAUAAACUGACGGAGCAGCUGAGCACCAGUGAGGAAAAUCAUGCUAAGCUCCUCCACAAAUACCACGCCCUCAAAAAAGAGCUUGAUGUGAAGCGGAAGCUAGCAGAGAGGGAGGAAGAGAGGAGGCAGAGUGCAGAGCAUUCUAUGGAGGAGCUGCACGAGAGGGUCAUGGGCCUCAAGAUGGAGCAGGAGUCCAUCCUCCAUGCUGUAGGGACUCAGAUUGACUCAGCCUGCCAGUUCUUGUCAAAAGACUCAGCCGCCAAGAUUGAAGCCAUUACCCUGACUCCAGGACUGCAGAAAGAUUCCCAUCGUUGGCUUGCUGAAGUUAAGACAAAGCUCCAGUGGCUGUGUGAGGAGGUGCGUGAGCGGGAGUACAGAGAGAGGAAACUGAGGAGGACACUGCAGCAGGACAAGGAGCAGAUGAAAGCACUGAAGCAAAGCAAGGACUCAGAACUGCAAAGCCUCCUGGACCGCAUUACCCUGCAGGAUCGACUCCUCAAAGACAUCCAGUCAGAGAAGAGAGGUCUUCUUGAAAUGGGCCGCAAGAAGGAAGAUGAGAUGAGAAAUCUUCAGGACCGGAUUGUAGAUCUUGAAAUGAGCACCAGGCUGGCCUUGGAUCAUCUGGAAUCAGUUCCUGAGAAGCUCAGUUUGCUGGAAAACUUCAAGGAUCUCGAGGAGUCACAGAGGCAGAGAGAAAUGGUGGAGCAACGUUAUGCUAAAUAUAAGGAGAUAGUUGAUAACCUCCAGCAUCAGCUUGAGGAAUCGAAGAAGAGGAUUCAGGAAUACAGGGAUGAGAAGUUGGAUGCAGCCUGUCGGGGUCUCCAGUUUACUAGUCUGACAUCAUCUCUGCUCAGUCAGAGCAAUAUCCUGAAUGAUACCACUCAGUCUACCCACACCUCACCACAGAAGCCACUUGCCAGUCCAGAUUUGGAAUCCAAUCUGACCCAAGAGCACUUUUCUACCUUCAACGGAGCAAACUCUAAACACACAUAGCAAACAGCUGAAACUUUUGGCGGUAAAGAUAAACUCAUGAUAAAUACUCAUGAAUACUUCUGAUUCCCACCAGAUCCUUAUGUUUGGAACUAUUAGACCACUAUAACAUAUAUGAAUCUAUAUAUUUUGAAAACAUGUCUAAUUUUGAAUAUUUCUGUUAUCAUUGUACCUUUACUUUGUAACAUCAGGCAAUGGUUAACUAAUUCUGUAUGUAAACAAUUUUUUUUUUUUUUUACUAUUUACAUUUUUUACAUCAAUGUAAUGAAAUGUGACUGACUGCUAAAUUACAGUGCCUUUUUUAUAUAUAUAUAUA